GAUGCGCCUUGGUGAUCUCGCCGCUGAUUUCCUUGAUGCAGGACCAGGUCCACACACUGCGGCAGAGACAGAUUCCUUCCACCCAUUGCGGAUCUGGCGGGGACUCAUUUUGCUGGAGUUCUGUCACAUCUGGUCAUUACCGGGUGGUCUACAUGAGUCCGGAGUUUGCCUUAGGACACCUGGCGGAGAUUGCUGGAGUGAGGCAAGCGCUCUGUGUGCUGGCCAUCGACGAGGCGCACUGUAUCUCUGCUUGGGGACAUGACUUCCGGCCGGUAUACCAGCAGCUGGGUCGCUUACGUGAAGCCCUUGGCCAGGUGCCGACCAUGUGCCUGACGGCCACAUGCACGAAGGAGGUGCGACAUGACAUACAGCGGAGCAUGGGUCUCUUGGGCUGCGUGCACAUCGUCGGACCCAUGAACCGCCCGAACUUAAAGUACAUCGUGCAGCCACGCAGGACCUUCGAGGAGGAUAUGACUGAGAUCUUUGGCUUGUCAUCUCACGGGUCUGAACGGGUGAUUGACAACACCCAGAUCGAUCCAACUUCUUCCACCAUCGUGUAUGUACAGACCAAGGCGCGUUGCGAAGAGCUGGCCGCACUGCUGAGUAGAGCCGGUGUGGCGGCGGCAUCCUAUCAUGCCGGUUUGCCCAUGCAGGACCGAAGUGAUAUCCACCGAGCAUUCUUGAUGGACGAACUUCAAGUGGUUGUGGCCACGGUUGCCUUCGGAAUGGGCAUUGACAAGGCCUCUAUUCGCCGCGUGAUUCAUUAUGGUGCAGCACACUCGCUUGAGAGCUACGUGCAACAGUGUGGCAGGGCUGGGCGUGACGGAGAGGAUGCGGAGUGCAUCACAUUCUUUAAACCACAGGAUCUCCAAGAAGCCAAGACUCUGAUACUCCAAGGCUGCAAGGCCAACGAUGAGCAUUCGAGGCACCUGCUUCUCUUGCACUCCAAGCUCGCAGCCUUCCUGGCAGACAGCAGCCAGUGCCGGCGCGUGAGACUUCUCCAGCACUUCGGCGAAGAGCCUCACAGGCUGGACAGCGAACCGCAGGAGCCACGCAAAGGAGAGUGCAUCCAAGUCGGGAGCCUUCCGGCAUGCUGCUCCUGGUGUGACGUGUGUGAGGCCAGGAAGCUUCCGAUGACGCAGUCGCCAGAAAAUAUCGACUUCACGCAAGAGUGCCGCAUCCUGCUGCAGUGUGUCUCGGCAUGCGGUGGCUUCACUGGAUCUGCCUUGCCCUGCGCGCUGGCCGCAGGCCAGUUGGUCGACAAGCUCAAGGCGCGGAACCUUCACCGGCAUCCUACCUUUGGGAGUGGACGUCACAAGGCCCACAGCUGGUGGAAGGCUUUUCUCCCACAUGUUCUCCGAGCAGGACUCCUGGAGGAAAAACCUGCUAAGCUGGCGAAUGGUCUGAGUUAUGCGGCCCUCUCCGUGUCGGAGCAAGGAUUCCGCAGGAUGCGAUCUACCGACCAAAGUGCCUUCUUUCGCAUUUCUCCUGUGCCUUCGGAUCUGGCUGCACCGCCUCCAAAACCGGCUCCCGUCGUGCUUCGGUCCCCUGCAGUAGCACUUGAAGCGGGCUCAGCAGUGCAGCGCAGUGAGUAUGGAGGUGCAGACUCGCUGGAUUCCAGGAAGCAGGAGCUUUACAGAAGACUUUCGCACGUUCGUCAGCAGUGGAUGCGACGCCUGAACAUCAUGGGAGAGUCCCUAGUAUCCAAUCCCGUCUUGCGUAUGCUGGCAGAGAUUCGGCCGUCUUCUGUACGUGUCGCGCAGCAAACGGUGCCCGGCCUACCGCAACUCCGCACUGAGCCGCUGGCAAGCUUGCUUGAGGCACUCGUCUCCGAAGUGAAUCAGAUGUGCCGAGAACAUUUCCUGCCUCAGCAGACAGAGCCCCGUGCUGCCACAGAUGACAGGCCUCCAAAGUUCCGUCGCCUGCCUACCACUUUCGGGACAGCCGUGUCUGGCACUCCUUCUGCCGAAACGCUGGCGAGUGCCUUCGAUGCAGCCAGCGAUCCUCAAGAUGUGCGCACUUGCGAUGCAAGCCCGCCGGAAGAGACCAGCGCAGAAUCCGUUGCCGAAUCUGGGCCACAGGCUCAAAGUGAUGACUGGCUAACUUUGCUUGACACCUGA